AUGGACCCCGGAUUCUUCUGGAUGGACUCGUUUGUCGCCCGACUGUUGCAAGACAACGCAGCCCUGUUUUGGAACACGACAAACAGCCCUCCGUUCGCAAUCUCCAUGUCAAGAGUCGUCUCGUCCCCCGACCGAGCUGCCGGGCAUUCACCCAGGCCAAUCCAGACAUCCCAGAUUGAUGGUGGUCUUGCCGGCCAGCGCAUUCGCCCGACCACGCUGCUCUCUUCGCCACCCUCGCACUCCAAUUCAAAUCGCCGUCCCUCUCCGACCGCAACCUCCACCACUCAACAUCACCACCACCACGACCACCACCUCGCCUCACCCCCAAGACGAGCCGCCGCCGCCGCCUCUGCAGCCCCUACGCAAAACAUAUCGACGCCUCCUCCAAGGCUACCGGGCUUGUCGUCGGCGCCCGUGGGGUUAUGGCAGGGACAGCACUUUGAGCUGUGGUCAGACGCAGACCAACUGAUUGAUUUAGAGGACCCAUUCUCCCCCUCGCACGUCGACGUCGACGACCCUUACCUUGCUGCAAUAAUCAACACCGAAUUUUCGUCUCCUUCAACAUACCCUCCAUUCACCGAUUCAAAUACGCGAAAUAGCCAAAGCCAAGGCCAGAGCCAGGGCCAGGGCGUGAAUCAACCUCCAACAUUACAGGCAUCCGCGCUGCCUCAGCCGCUCACCUACACGGACACUGCUGCCGCCCCACGCGACCCCUCUACCACCUGUAUCUCAGGCCCCGAGCGUUCCACAACACAACUCUCCUUCUCAUCAACCAACGCCGCCGCCGAAUCUCAAUCCACGCUGCGCACCCUCGAUUCUUUCGACGAACACGACUUCUUUGACAGCCCGGCGAGCUCCUUCUCCGACACCAUGCCCCCAGCCCUCCGAAGGACGACAACGGCUGCCGCCGGUCGUGUUGCACCAGCUCACGCCAACAAGCGCCGGCGAACUUCUACAAACACUGCGCCCGCGAAUCCAACGAGGACUACGCCGAGGCGGAAAUCCAACGCCAUGCCCAAAGACGUUGAGGAAGUCCUGGGACCGAAGCCUCCCCGGUCGCCCAUCGAUGUCGAGCCGAUAUCAGACCUUACGACGAUCGACCUCACCGAGACUAAUGAUGUGCCUGAGGAUCUCAAGAAGCCUGAGAAAGAUGACCGCGUCAAGAUUGCUGCCUUCCAGUGCGUCAUCUGUAUGGAUGAUGCUGCCAACUUGACGGUUACCCAUUGCGGCCAUCUCUACUGCGCUUCGUGUCUGCAUCAAUCUCUCCACGUCGAUGCUACCAGAGGAAAAUGCCCCAUGUGUCGCCAAAAGAUCGACAUGAAGUCCCGUGACGCUUAUAACAGCAAGACGAAGGGCUUCUGGCCACUGGAGCUGAAGCUGAUGACGGCCACACGGAAGGGCAAACGCAAGGCCAACACACUGUCCUGA